GUAAACUAUGACCCUGAUAAGCAAAAUAAGCGUUAUACUCUGCCUGUUGCUCCACAUCCAAUUGGGUCAAGUGCAACAAUGCCCGGAGGAUGCCAAUGAUGCUUAUGAGCAGUGGAACCCCAAUGCGCAUCGGCCAAAGAAACAAAAAACUUGGGAAUUGGAAUUGGAGGAGGAUCUGGAGCCAGAGGAAGAUCAGUGGCAGGUGAACACCUGUGUGGCGGAUCAAUCGGCUGUUUGUCCCGCCGAAAACCCGCACGAUGUGAAGUACGAACUGCCCAACGAUUUCAGAUACUUCAAGAACAAUCGGUGCAAGAGUCCCAAGACAAUUUCCAAGGACGAGGACGACGACGAGGAUGCCGAUCCUGCAGCCAUGGGCGAUGACGAUGAUGCCGAUGACGAUGAUGAGGACGAUGGCGAUGAUGAAAACGAUGAAGACAACGAAAACGAUUUCAAUGGCGAGGACGAGGCCUUUGCGGCCAGGAUCUCCUGUUUGCUGGGAGCUCUCCAAAAACACACACAAGCAAUGAACGACAAUAUUCAGGUUUUACAAUCGCGUUUGGCCAAGAAAAAGUGCCCGAGCAAUGCCAACUUGAACACUAUAAUUCCGGAACAUCCGCAAUCGAAGUGGCUAAAGAAACCAGAAGGUUUCGGGGAACGCGAGCCAUUUGUACAGAAAACCAACACUGACUUUGAAGACCUUCUGCCACCGAUCUCGAGCACCAAAAUCGCAUAUGGUGACCAUCAUCGGAUGCAGGUAUCACCGCUAUUGCAACUCAUCCAAAGGCCGACCUCGUUGCAAUCGCACUUAAAGAGUCCCAAGGACAAAGAAAAACCAGAAGCACACCACUGGAUGCAGAUGAGGACGCGGGGAUCUCCUGCGGAAUUUCAGGAUACAAUUAAAUCGCAUCCAGAUGAAGAGCCCCAAGUGAAGUACGAGGAAUACGAGGCGAGAAUGAGGCGUCUGAUGGCCAAUCGGGAUGUCAUCGAGCGAAAGGUGAUGCAGGUGAUGGGCCCCAUUUCCCUGAUGGACGUUUGAUCCGUUUUAGAAUUUAAGCCUUAUAAAAUAUAAGGUAUAUUCUGAGGCCAUUAAUAAAAGAUUAUAUAAUUGAAUGCUUAUAAA